AUGCAAAAUCUCUCUAUAAAUCUUAUGCAUAUGCUUCAGGAAUGCAAAAAAUUUUGUACAAUAAUGCUAAAAUUAUCACCUAGAGAUAUUUAUUCUUAGAAGUAUUAAAAACUUCCAAUUCUAAUUUUGUAUUGCAUAACAGAAAUUUAUCACAUUUUUACUACAAUUGUGAAUCUCUAUUCAGGCACUGAAGUUAAAGUUUGGUUUAUAUAUAAAAUAUUAAAGAAAAGCUAUUUUUAAGACUAUUCAGGAUAUAUUGAUUACAUAAAAGAUAGAAUAAAAGAAAAAGGAGAAUCCUGUUAGUUUGAUGAAGUUGCUAAAAAAAUUGGUUUAUAUUAGAUUGACUCUGUAUUUAAUCAACUCUACCCAUAUUUUUAAGAUUAUAACGAUUGUAUAUUCAUUUUAUUUAAAAAUGAAAUGGAGGAGGUGCUUGGAGAAAUGAUUAAAAAAUAUAGAGAAAAAAAUAGUGAAAUAACUAAAACAACUCCUAGAGUAUCUUAGAGAUAAGAUUUAUCUCAGGUAGAUGAAGUUAAAUUUUAAAUUUGUGAAAAUAUACUCACUGGUACAUUAACUUCAAUAAAUGAAAAAAAACCUCCGGAUAUUGGAUCAAAAUAUUUAGACGAUCUUACAUAAAGUAUUCAUUUAAUUUAAAAUUAAGUACAAUAUUUUUAACCCUGUUCUGCUUAUAGUUAUUUUAAAUCAUGUGAAAACGAGUGA